AUACUAUAUAUACACAUAUAUACACAUAUAAAUAAAUUAGGCUAUGAGUAGGUUAAGGAAUAAAAAAUCAGAAUCACAGAAUCAAGAAUAUCAGACAGGGGAAAUGGCCUCCAUACCAAGUUGUUUCGGAGCUUUCUAUGUUAUUUUGUUGGCCAUUUCCUUCACUGUUGGCAAUGGUGCAAAACUCUUACCAGCAAGGUUCUUCAAUGUUUUGGACUAUGGUGCUGUUCCUGAUGGAAGAACAGACAAUGUUCAGGCAUUUCUAAGGGCAUGGGAUGAUGCUUGCCAAUUUUAUGGGAGGAGUAGAGUUUGGAUUCCCAGGGGGGUGUUCAAGUUGGGGUCAGUGAUAUUUAGUGGACCAUGUAGGGCAUAUCAAUUGGCCUUCUUGAUUAAGGGCACCUUGAAGUCUCCUACAGAGAGGUCUGAGUUUAACACAGACACUUGGAUUGGGUUCAAUUACAUGAACAAUUUGGUGGUUAAAGGUGGUGGGUAUUUGGAUGGUCAAGGUCCUUCUGGUUGGCCUUACAACGAUUGCUCCACCAACCCCCAAUGUGGCCGCCUCCCCGCUACAUUGACGUUCAACUUUGUGAACAACUCUCGAGUGAGUCAUCUGAGAUCAAUCAACAGCAAGAACACCCACAUCCACGUCUUUGCAUGCAACGGCCUGAGAAUCAAUCAGGUGAGGCUGACGGCGCCGGCCGAGAGCCCCAACACCGACGGAAUCAAGAUCGGAUAUUCCAACGGCAUCCGCAUCACAAACAGCGUCAUCCAGACCGGCGACGACUGCGUCGCCAUGGUCGCCGGCAGCAAGAACAUCAGAAUCUCUCAAGUAACCUGCGGCCCCGGCCACGGGAUUAGCAUCGGCAGCAUCGGAAAGAACGCCGGAGAUUUGAUCUCCGGCAUCCACGUCAUCAACUGCACCUUCAUCGGCACCGAUAACGGCGCAAGGAUCAAGACGUGGGCGCCGUCCAUGUCGAGUUUGGUCUCCGACAUCUUCUUCGGCUAUAUUCACAUGAUCGAUGUGAGGAAUCCGAUAUUCAUCGACCAGAAUUAUUGCCCCGGUGGUGGCUGUAACAGCUACAGUUCGGGGCACUCGCAGGUGCAGAUUAACGACGUGACGUUCAACAACAUUUGGGGGACAUCGACGUCGAAGGUUGCGUUGGCAUUGGAAUGUAGCCCGUUGGUUCCGUGCAAGGAUGUUAAUCUUGUGGACAUAGACCUGAGUUAUUUUCGCCGGCGUGAAGGGCCGGCGCUGUCGAGCUGUAGAAAUGUGAUCGGAAGAUCCAACGGGAUAUUGUCCCCGCGUGGUUGUUUGUAGAGCAUUUCGUGGAAUUUCAUGAUUGUUUGAAUAAUGUACUUAGGACGUGCAUAUUUCGUGUUUUACAUAUUAGAAAAGAUUUUAG